AUGGCCGGUCUGCCUUCAGUUUACAUCGUUUCCGCCGCGAGAACCCCCGUGGGUAGCUUCUUGGGGAGUCUUUCCAGUCUCACUGCCACCCAAUUGGGUUCCCACGCCAUCAAGUCUGCCGUUGAGCGUGUGCCCGAGAUCAAGCCCGAGGAUGUUGAGGAGGUUUUCUAUGGCAAUGUCCUGUCUGCCAAUCUCGGCCAGGCCCCUGCCCGGCAGUGCGCCAUCAAUGCCGGUCUCUCAGAGAGCGUUGUGUGCACGACCAUCAACAAGGUGUGCGCCUCAGGCCUGAAGGCCAUCAUCCUCGGUGCCCAAACCAUCAUGACCGGCAACGCCUCCAUCGUCGUGGCUGGUGGCACCGAGAGCAUGUCCAACACACCACACUACCUCCCGAACCUCCGCACCGGUGUCAAGUACGGUGACGCCUCUCUCGUCGACGGCGUGCAGAAGGACGGUCUCCGUGACGCAUACGGCAAGCAGGAGCUCAUGGGCAUGCAGGGCGAGCUCUGCAGCGAGGAGCACGGCUUGACCCGCGAGAUGCAAGAUGAGUACGCCAUCAACACAUACAAGAAGGCCCAGGCCGCCACCGAGGCCGGCGUUUUCACCGAGAUUGCGCCCAUCGAGGUGAGCGGCGGCCGUGGCAAGCCCCCCAUCAAGGUCGACCGGGAUGAGGAGGUCAAGAACCUCAAUGUCGACAAGCUGAAGUCGGUUCGCCCCGUUUUCAUCCCCAACGGUGGUACCGUCACCGCUGCCAACGCCGCCCCCAUCAAUGACGGUGCUGCCGCCGUGGUGCUCGUCUCCGAGGCCAAGCUCAAGGAGCUCGGCAUCAAGCCCAUCGCCAAGAUUCUCGGCUGGGCUGAUGCGGCCCGGGACCCCCCUCGCUUCACCAUCGCCCCGGCGCUCGCCAUCCCUAAGGCCAUCAAGCAUGCUGGCCUGACGGAGAAGGAUGUCGACUACUACGAGAUCAACGAGGCCUUCUCAGUGGUGGCCCUGGCCAACAUCAAGCUGCUCAACCUCGAUGCCGAGAAGGUCAACGUAUUCGGUGGCUCGGUUGCCAUUGGCCACCCGCUGGGUGCUUCGGGUGCCCGCAUCGUCACGACUCUGACCUCGGUUCUCCGCGAGAAGAAGGGCAAGAUCGGCGUGGCUGGUAUUUGCAACGGCGGUGGCGGCGCUUCGGCCCUUGUGAUUGAGAACCUGCAGUGA